AUGCACAAUAUACGUGCUAUAAUGACUGACAAAACGAUAAAAACAUUAAAACAUGGAUUAGAAGGUCAAGUUGAAAAAUCUGAAAGUUAUAAAAGCAAAGAUCAAGAAGAGAUACAGAUGCGAUAA